AAUCCUUAAGGUCCCUUCACUUAUAACCUACCCUCAUAUUUAACUAAACAUCUAUUGCACACAACAUCUAGUGCGAAGAGGUUCAUACCCAUUCUUCACCUAGGAAACACAUAUAUACCUACCUACCUACCUACCUAUCAUACCAACAUGGAGCGCCUCCCCGUAGAGCUCACCCAGCAAAUACUCACACACCUGGACCUCGCAUCCCUCAAGAACGCCGUCCUCUCCAGCCGCACCUUCCUCGACGCCUUCCAGGGCGCCGACGUCAUGAUCACCAGCGAGAUCCUCAUCCGCGAGGUCAACCCCGGCGUGCUGAUCGAGGCUGUGCUCGUCGACAAGUCCUGGCAGCCGGGCGAGCCUAGAAGGCUGUCGCAGUGGAGUGUCCUCGACGCCUUGCCGCAGGAACGGUGCCAUAAGGUGGUCAGUUACUUGGUCGAGGGGGUGGUGAAUGGGACGCUGUAUUAAGCUGGCAUGGCUGUGCUGUGCUGUGCUGUGCUGUGCUGUGCUGUGCUGUGAGGAACGACAUCGGGUUGAGCGAGAGCGCUUUAUUGCUUUCAAACUGUACUGUAAUGUCGCAACCUAGUUAGGUGGUGUGCGCAUUCGAAAGGCCGGGGAAGAGCGUAACGUGUUUCUUUGGCCAUUACGCCGCAUAUGCGAUUGUAUAUGCAUCUACGAUUAUAGCGUACCGUAUAGACCACGACGUUACUUGGGGUUAUCUGGGGACCCAUAGAG